AUGUAUGUCAUCAGUAAUAUCUACUUCAUUACGGCCAUCGCCUGUAUAGGUGGUGCGCUUUUCGGUUUUGACAUCUCGUCGAUGUCCGCCAUUAUCGGUACCGAUGCAUACAACCAAUACUUCGGCCCGAAUAUCCCUUCGGACACUCAGGGUGGUAUCACAGCCGCCAUGCCCGGUGGUUCGUUCGUUGGUGCACUUUGCUCUGGUUGGCUUUCAGAUAAGCUUGGUCGUAAAUAUACUAUCCAGAUCGGUGCCAUCAUCUGGUGUAUCGGAUCAAUCAUCAUCUGCGCUUCUCAAAACAUUGGAAUGCUUGUUGCCGGCCGUUUUAUCAACGGUUUCUCCGUUGGUAUCUGUUCAGCCCAGGUCCCCGUGUACAUCACCGAGAUUGCACGCGCCGAUAUCCGUGGUCGUCUUGUCGGAUGCCAGCAGUGGGCCAUCACCUGGGGUAUCAUGAUCAUGUUUUACAUCUCAUUCGGCUGCUCCUACCUUAAGGGAACAUCAUCUUUCCGUAUUCCAUGGGGUCUUCAGAUGGUCCCCGCCAUCAUCUUGUUUUUCGGUCUGUUCUUCUUGCCAGAAUCGCCCAGAUGGUUAGCCAGGCAGGAUAGGUGGGAGGAAAGCGAGAAUGUGAUCGCCUUGAUGCACGGGGGUGGUGAUCGCACCAGCCCAUAUGUUGCCCAGGAGAUUCAGGAUAUCAGGGCCUUGGUUGAAUUUGAAAGGAGCAAUGCGGAUGCGACCUUCUUGGAAUUGUUCAAGCCAAAGAUGAUUAUGAGGACUCACAUCGGUCUUUUCACCCAGAUCUGGUCCCAACUUACUGGCAUGAACGUCAUGAUGUACUACAUUACUUACGUCUUCGCCAUGGCUGGUCUCACCGGUAACACCCUUCUCGUCUCCUCGUCUAUCCAGUACGUUAUCAACGUCGCCAUGACCUUCCCGGCCUUGGUCUACAUGGAUCGCUUCGGACGUCGUCCCACCCUUCUCAUUGGCUCUACCCUCAUGAUGACCUGGUUGUUCGCCAACGCUGGUCUCCUCGCCUCUUACGGUCACGCCGCUCCCCCUGGUGGAAUUGACGGUGUUGCUGCAGCCUCUUGGGAAGUCGGUGGUCACGCCUCAAAGGCCGUCAUUGCCUGCUCAUACCUGUUCGUGGCCUCAUACGCCGUUACCUGGGGCCCUGUCUCAUGGGCGUACCCUCCGGAGUUGUUCCCUCUCCGUCUCCGUGGUCGUGCCGUCGCCAUCUGUACCUCCGCCAACUGGAUCUUCAACUUUGCGCUGGGUUACUUUGUGCCUCCAGCGUUCGAGAACAUCAAGUGGAAGGUUUACAUCGUCUUUGGUGUGUUCUGCGCAGCAAUGACCAUCCACGUCUUCUUCUUGUUCCCAGAGACCGCCGGAAAGAGUUUAGAGGAGAUUGAGGAGAUGUUUGAGGAGAAGACCCCAGCGUGGAGGACUCACGUUUCAAAGGAGAUUCGCCCUGUGCAUCUUGGAAAGUCCGGUGGCGAAUUCUCCGAGAAGCCGGUUACCGAGCACUCUGAUUCUGCCGUUUAA